GGUACGUUUUUGAUGACGUCAUUUUCAGACGACGGGAAAAUGGCGGCGUUUGCUGGCGAGCGAUGGAGAAGCGAGCUACCAAGUCAUUAUAUAUUUUCUAAAUUACGAGAGAAACUUGAUUUGGAACCCAAAGCGAAUUGCAGGAAAACUGCAAAGAAUCUGACAUUUUGCCUCAAUGGUGACAUAUUCGUGUGGAACGACGCAGACAGUGUUUUUUACACGACCAACCUGAGGCAGCUGAAUUCGGAGGACAGCAUUGAGAGUGUGAAAUAUCAGACUCUGUUGUGCAUCAAUCCACCACGGUUUGAAGUGUGCCAGGUGUUGCUGAGCCCGACACAGUACCAUGUUGCACUCAUUGGACAACGGGGUGUCACCGUUCUAGAAUUACCACAGCGGUGGGGCAAGAGGUCCGAGUUUGAAGGAGGACGGAGUGAAGUUAACUGCAAGACUAUUCCUGUGGCUGAGCGUUUCUUCACCAGCUCAGCCUCCGUGACCCUGCGGCAGGCCGCCUGGUUCCCCAGUGAGACGGAGGAGCCCCACCUAGUGCUACUGACCUCUGACAACACCAUCAGGUUCUACGGGUUGAAAGAGCCUCAGACUCCAGCUAGAGCACUAUCAGUUUCCCAGUCAGAGGAGGACAGCAGUGUACACACUCGUGGGCGCUCCUAUGCAGCCUCUCUGGGCGAGAUCGCUGUGGCUUUUGACUUUGGGCCAGUGGCCGGCGCCCCUCAACAGCUCACAGGCCAGCGGUCCAAGGAGGAUGUGCUGGUGUACCCCCUCUACAUCCUCUACGAGAACGGAGAGACCUAUCUGAGUUACACCAGCCUCGCACACAGUUUGGGAAGCCUCAGUAAGCCCAUUGGGCCCUUACCCAUGUACCCCGCGGCGGAGGAUAACUAUGGUUAUGACGCCUGUGCCGUGCUCUGCCUGCCCUGCGUUCCCAAUAUCCUGGUCAUCGCCACAGAAACAGGCACACUGUACCAUUGCGUGGUGCUGGAAGCAGAGGAGGAGGAGGAGACUGGAGCAGUGGAGCGGUGGUUGCGGGGCUCGGAGGCAGUGCCCUCUCUCUACGUGUUUGAGUGUGUGGAGCUGGAGCUCACCCUCAAACUGCCCGCCGGGGAGGAGGAAGAGCCUGUGGAGUCCGACUUCACUUGCCCAAUCCGACUGCACAGAGACCCCCUGUGCCAGCACAGAUACCACUGCACACAUGAGGCAGGAGUGCACAGUGUAGGGCUCACUUGGUUCAACAAACUACACAAGUUCCUCCAGUCAGAUGAGGACAAGGAUAGUCUCCAGGAGCUGGCUGCUGAGCACCGCUGCAUCGUAGAGCACAUUCUCUGUACCAGGCCUCUAAGUAGCAGCUUGUCAGCUCCAGUACGGGGCUUCUUGAUCGUGUCAGACCUGUCUUUGGGUGCAACCAUGAUCUGCAUUACCAGCACCUAUGAGUGUCUACUACUGCCUCUCCUGAGUUCCAUUCGGCCUCCCUCUCCUCCCCUGCUGUGUUCCCACCCGGGGGUAGGCUCAGCUAGCUCUCCUCUGCGUGGAUUGCAUGACGACUCCUUUGAGCAGCACAUCCGCAACAUCCUGGCCCGGAGCUCCACCAACCCUCUCAUGCUCAGGGCAGGGGACAAGGACACAUCGUCUCCUCCUCCAGAGUGUCUCCAGCUGCUGAGCAGAGCCACCCAGGUUUUCAGGGAGGAGUACAUCCUCAAACAGGACAUUGCCCGUGAGGAGAUGCAAAGAAGGGUGAAACUGCUGACCGGACAGAAGAACAAGCAGCUGGAGGACCUAGCCCUGUGCCGAGAGGAAAGGAAAAGUCUGCGAGAGUCUGCAGAGCUUCUGGCUGAUAAGUACGAGGACGCCAAGUAUCGCCAGGAAGCCACCAUGAACAGGGUGAAGCAGGUUCUGGGCAGUCUGCGCAGUCAGCUGCCCGUUCUGUCUGACAGCGAGAAGGACAUGAAGAAAGAGCUGCAGACCAUCAACGACCAGCUGCGUCACCUGGGCAAUGGCAUCAAACAAGUAAAUAUGAAGAAGGAGUACCAGAAGAAACAGAUGGACAAAGGGCUGUCUCCAGCCAGAGCUACUGUCGCCCUCAACCCCCACCAGAGGAAGUGUGUCCAGGGAGUGAUAAAGGAACAGGGAGAGCACAUAGGAGAAAUGAUGAAACAGAUCAAGGACAUCAAGAACCAUUUCAGUGUCUGAGCCGUUAAGGGAGCCAUCUUUCAUCCACAGCUGUACCACUGCUUUCCAAACAACCAAAAUAAUAAUAAUGAAGCGCUAUUGUGAAUAUUCAGUCAACGCUUGCUAAAAUAGUCUGUCUUAUAAGGCUAGUCAUUGUGUCUGCCAGUCACAUUUUUGGAACCAGUAGUUGAAAUGAGAAAAUCACCAAGGUUUUAUACACUAUGUAUGUUUGUCUAUCUGGAGAAUAAAAUGUGUGUACAGUA